CGCACGCGGCCGCUCGUCCGUGCGCGGCGGCAGUCUGUGUAACGGUCGCCUGCCUCCCGCCUCCGCCGUCUUUAGUGCUUUGUGGAGCCACGUUUUUAUCUCUUAACUUCCUCAAAGGCGGUGCGUCACGCUUUUCGAGCCAUUUCUACUGAGUUACGCCAAGCAAAGUAUUUUGAGCGCCCGGGGCUGGGUGAAAACGGUUAUUGGGGCGGGGAGAAGUCACGAAACUGCCCCAGCGCCUCCCACUGAUGCGCACAGGUCCUUGCUUCGCUCACGCAGUCUUGGACCAGGAAAUUCUUUCUUUAGCUUCCCUCCCCUGCCUCCUACUUUCUGCAAUCAGGUAGUCCUUAGAUCUCCAGCGAGGCUCUCAAAAUGUCCUCUGUCAAGGAGCGGCCUAUCGCAAAUCUAGUUGCAGAGGAUGAACGCUCCCAGUGUAAGAUCACCAUAGUUGGAGUUGGUGCCGUAGGCAUGGCUUGCGCUGUUACUAUUUUACUGAAGGAUUUGGUGGAUGAACUUGCCCUUUUUGAUGUCGCAGAGAACAAAUUGAAGGGAAAAACGAUGGAUCUUCAGCAUGGCAGCCUUUUCUUUAGUACUUCGAAGAUUGUCUCUGGAAAAGAUAUCAAGAUAUCUGCAAAUUCCAAAUUAGUUAUUGUCACAGCAGGUGCAAGGCAGCUGGAGGGAGAAAGUCGCCUUGCUCUGGUCCAACAUAAUGUGAAUAUCAUGAAAUCUAUCAUUCCUCCCAUAGUCCAGCAUAGUCCUGAUUGCAAAAUGCUUAUUGUUUCAAAUCCAGUGGAUAUUUUGACAUUUGUGGUCUGGAAGAUAAGUGGCUUACCUGCCACCCGUGUAAUUGGAAGUGGUUGUAAUCUAGACUCUGCCCGUUUCCGUUACCUAAUUGGAGAGAAGUUGGGUGUCCAUCCUGCAAGCUGCCAUGGUUGGAUUAUUGGAGAACAUGAUGAUUCUAGUGUGCCUUUAUGGAGUGGGGUGAAUGUUGCUGGUGUUCCUCUAAAAUCUCUGAACCCUGAAUUAGGAACUGACUCAGACAAAGAACAGUGGAACAUUGUCCAUAAACAAGUUGUUGAAAGUGCCUAUGAGGUCAUCAAGCUGAAGGGCUAUACCUCUUGGGCUAUUGGACUGUCUGUGACAAAUCUGGCUGGAUCAAUCUUGAAAAAUCUUAGGAAAGUACAUCCAGUUUCUACUCUGGUUAAGGGCUUAUAUGGAGUAAAGGAAGAAAUCUUUCUCAGUGUUCCUUGUAUCUUGGGGAAGAAUGGUGUCUCAGAUAUCGUGAAAGUCAAUUUAAACUCUCAGGAGGAAGCCCUUUUCAAGAAGAGUGCAGAUAUACUUUGGAAUGUCCAAAAGGAUUUGAAAUUUUAAAUCUUUGAACGGUCCACUCUUUUAUAGAAGAUAGAAGACGGUAUAUUUUACAUUUUAAAAGUGUUUUUAUCUGAUCUUUAAAAAUUUUUUUAAGAAUUGGAGACUUACAAAUAACUUUGGUCUCUCAAAAAGAAGAGGAAGUAGUAAAGAGACUUCUCCUUUUUAUGAGUCCCUGAUGGCUCAAUUGUAAUGGUACCCAGUCUACACAGGUGUAAAUCAUACUUUGGAAGUAUGUCAUAUGUAUUGGAGUUGCCUUCAAGUUUAGCGGAAUAUGUGUUAACAACUGACUAUAAUAUAGAACUUCAGAUUAUCACAAAAACCAAGAAGUACAUUUUCUACUUUUGAAAUUUCAUCUUGGGCUUUUUUCCAUUACAGCAUCCAGCACAUUCACUUUAUAUUGCUUCAUUAGCUUCAUGUGUCUGUGUAUAAUCUUUACAAAAUAUUUAUUUUA